UUGAGAGUGUAGCCAGCGUACUUCAUAAUAAAAUGUCUGACCUUGCUAGUAGCUCAAUGGCUAACUAACUUAGAAUUGUGACAGUUUAUAUGCUGCGUUUAAAAAAAAUUUGCAAAUUAAUAGGGAGUUUUCACACUUCCUGAAUGCCGCGAACGUUAGUCAGACAUCUGACUUUGAAGUCCUGGUAAAUCGCAUAAACCCGAUUUCAGGCAGACGCGUCAUUUGACAUCACUUUACAGAUGGCGGCUAGUUCUCUGAGUACUCACCGAAGAGAAGUAUGAUGGAAGAUUGUAUCCAAGCCACAUUCCAACAAGCACUGUUCAGAAGGCUAUUUUGGCUGUAGGUUCCGGAGUUGCUGCCCUUAAAAACCCCUAUAGACAUGAUAUGGUUGCAGUGCUUGGAGAAACCACAGGGCACCAGACCCUAAUAAAGUUGAGAGAUCGGAUGAGAAAUGACCCUGAAGGUUCUACUAUUCUUCUAGAGCGCCCAAGGAUCCGCCUAUCUACAUUAGACCUUUCUAAUAUGUCUGCCUUGCCAGAUGGGACUUUAGGAAGAGAAUAUCUACGUUUCCUUGAGGAAAAUAGAGUCACCCCUGACACGAGGGCUGAAGUGAAGUUUGUAGACAAUGAGGAAUUGGCGUAUGUCAUGCAACGGUAUCGUGAAGUACAUGACUUGUUGCAUACUUUGCUUGGAAUGCCCACAAAUAUGCUAGGUGAGGUUGCUGUGAAAUGGUUUGAAGCUGCACAAACUGGUCUCCCCAUGUGUAUAUUGGGAGCAGCACUUGGACCCCUUCGACUGUCUGUCAGCCGCCUACAGUUGCUCGGUCAGUCUCUUGGACUUUGGGCCCUGCGCAAUGGUGGUCGUGCAAGAUGUGUUUUGAGCAUCUACUAUGAACGGCGCUGGGAGCAGACUCUUGAUGAACUCAGACACGAGCUAAACAUUGAGGAACCCCCAGUUAGUCUAAUUGCAUCAAUCAAGAACUCAUCUUCAAAAUCAUACUAUUUCUAAAUAACAGAAGGAAAUUUAUUUGAGCUUACCACUUACAUAUAACUCCUUUUCUUCCACCUGCAAUGGCCUAAACAUAAAUCUAAAGAAAGUUAUUCUGACGUAAAAAGUUUUAUAUAAAAGGUAUCUGUGUCUUUCAAGAUAUUUAUACUGCACUAACAUUGACCUCUUGAUAACAUGCACUGGAGGUAUACAAGUGCAUGAGUAAAAAAAAAUGCUAUUAUAAAUCAUAUUGAGAUAAAUUGUCUAAAUUAAUAAUACAAAAUAAUAAUGGCAAAAAUGUUGUGUAACCUGAAUCAUUAGAGAUGAUCCCCUAAAUUAAGAUAUGCUUUGUAAAAAGAAAUUUGCCAUUGUUUUUUGAAAAUGAUAUCCCUCUUUUCGGACAACUUGAUGCAGUGCUGUAAGGUUCCUUCUGUUACCUGAAUAUGAAAAGCCAAUAUGGGGAUACAAUACUUUAAAGAAGAAACAUUUUACAUUUGUUUGGUUUCUAACAUGAAAUCCUUGCAGAAAUCAAGCUUUUCAAAAAUAAAUAAAUGUAAAAACAAAGCAAAUAUAAUUCUAUUUUGGCAA